CAUCGCGGCGUUCGGACGUGUUUGCACUGCUGAAGUGUUUUUACGUUUUUUUUAGACUAGUUGAAAGAAAGUCCUUUCCUUUAGUGCAAGUGUUUCAAGUUGUUUGUACACUCACGUGCGAGAGGGGGUUGAUACCGGCUGGUUUCGCAUCGUGGAUCGUUUUUGGAAAGCCGAGUUCGGAUGCAGUUAGUGCAGUUGCUGCAGCAGUCAGUGGUAUUACCUUAAGUUGUUUCGAAGCUGAACUGGAUCAAUGCUGCUAUUUAUGUGCAUUAAUAAUUCUGCGCGGUACGUUUUGGUGUGCGGAAAUGCACGAUCCGCGGAAGUCAGAUUCGGUCAGGGUUGGUGAGUGGUGAAGAUAAACAAUUUGAUUUAGUUUUUUAUUUAUGUUGUGUGGAAGAACUGAUAUUUCUAGUUUUGGUUCAGCUGCAGUCGACCAAAAUAAAACAGUGAAACCAAGCCUGGGGCGAGCGCAUUAAUUAGUUUGACAAUAACAAAAAAAGAGUCUUCUUCUCAUAUGCUAAUUAAAUUGGUGAAAUCGAAACCCCAAAAAUAAGGCCCAUAAGGGGAAAAGUGUUAGUGACCUUGCAGGCCGGUCCAGAUCGCACCACAGGAAACGAUCAAAUCGACAAAAACGUGUUCCAAUUUUCUGCAAACUCAUCGAUUGCAGAACCUGUCGAUAAAAAGUGAAAAGGUGUGGUAGCAGAUCGGCUCAUGGUCAUAAAACGACGCUCACGUUUCAAUACAAAUUCAAAUCAAUCGUAAACGAUAGAAAAAAGAUCAUCAGCUGUCCCACUUUGCCGUGGAGCUGCGGACAAUCGUCAAUAUUGUCAAUACCUUUCCGAAGUGUGCUACCGUGUUAGCUCUUCCAACUGGAAAAACACCUGAGCAAACACCUGAUGGUCAUAAAACUGCAUUAGUGCAAAACCCAUUGUCGUCACAGUCGUCGUCGUGCAAGUCUCUGCCUAGCUAAUCCAAGUUACAGUUUUACGGCUAUAGUGAGUGUUUUUUGAAAAAAGAAAAAAAAAUCGCUGUGCAAACCUAAACAACAGUUUGUGGAAUUCCUGGUACAACAAUAGGCGGUACACGCUACAGGCUUGGAGUUGGAGUUAUUCAAUGGGGCCUGUCGUCGUCGUCGGCUAAUUGGAAUCGACGAUUGGCACGCGGCGCUCGUUUUUUCGACCGCCAAAUUGGAUGGAUUUUGUGCGAGCGGGAAUAGAAGCCCAUUACUAGAUCGCUCGGAACGGGAAGGUGCCGCGUGAGCAGAAAACAGCAGCAGCCCGACAACUUCAAGUAGAAAAUUGCUUCCACCAAACAGAGUGCGCAAGAUUGGUUGGGUUGGGCGGCGGAGCGUAUAAACCGGACGAAGAAGUGAAAAGUUGGUGGGGUAAACGCUUGGAGCAAAACAAACGAUGCAAAAUUCCCCCGGCGUUUAAUCCGAUUUAAUGUGUGAUUAGCUAAGCUAUACCCCCCCAAUCAGAGUGGGAUCUACAGCGGGAAGAGAAAUUCUGGAAAUCGUCAUAAAGCAAAUGAGAUGAGCCGUGGCCAGUUUAGAGUGAUUCAGGAAAAAAGUUGAGGAAGAAAACUAACUUAAUCCAAUUAAGGGGAAGUGAAAGAAGGCGACUCAAUCAAGGGAGCAAAUCCCGCUUCUAAUUCGCAUUGUGAUGAUCCCGGUUAGAACCAUUCUGGCAACAUCUGGUGGAGCACGUGGAUCGCCACGGAUCAAUCGCGAGCAUUAAUCAAGCAUUUGCCCCAGUGAGAAAACAAUUUUCCCCUGCUCAGAGAAAAGAUGGGCAACGCGAUAAGCAGUGCUAACGAGUCUGCGGCGGCGGCGGCGGCAACGCUGCCCAGAAGACAACAACAGAACCAGCAGCACUGCUACGACGAGGAUUGCAACGGGAAACGGUGCUGGUACGGUACAGCUCCACGGACCAAUCACCAGAACGUCCAGCAGCAACAGCAGCAGCAGCAGAACCCGGAAAACUCGCGAAUGUUGUUCUUGCUCUACUUAAUUCAUCGCACGUGGAACGUCGUGGUCGAUAGCGUCGAUCAGAAGGGAAAGAAAUCCCGAGCGGCCACCUCGGAAGAUUCCGGCGCCCCGCGCAGCAACUACGAUGAGGCGUUCGACAACGAUCUGCAGUUUACCGAUCUGGACGACGACUCCAGCCUGUACGGGUCGCAGUACUCGUUCUGCAACUGCAGCUACUGCGAGGAGGAAGCCGACCGAAACCACUUCGACAACGUGCGCGGCAACCGGUUCUCCUUCUGCGACAGUGACAUAUCAUACUGCUCGUACCAGAUGGCACCCAGUGCCGGGAAGAGCCCUCCCGGGGGGACACAGAUUGGACCGCCCGACGUGAACGAGAUGACCCUCGGCUGGAACUCGAACAUAAAGCAAGAAAACCAACGCCCGCCCGUGUUCAACCCGGAGGACUACGUCAUUUCGCUGAAAAAGUACGGCCGCCGGGGCACCAACGGUAACUUCAAAUCCAUCUACGACACCUCCCCGGGCGAUGAGGGAGCGACAGCCAAGGGGGACAAACAGCAGCAACUGCACCAUCAGCAGCAGCACCUCAUGGACACCGCCAGCCGGUCGCACACGCUGCCCCACAAGAACUCAGAGUAUCGCUCCCCCAUCCAGGCACCCCCGGAAAUGGACUGCGAGAUGUCCCUGCGUCAGUUUGGCUCGGUGACCGAUCUACUCACGAAGCUGCGGGCCGAUCUGCGAGCCUCGUUUCCCAGCUUCGUCCAAGAGUUCGUCUCCAGCCCGCUGGACGGCGUCAGCCUGCUGCUCGAGGUUCUGCGCUCGGUUCAGCUGAGCCAAAGCAUGCCGAUGAAUGGAACCACCACGAUGCCGGCGCCCGGAGCGAUGCCGCGGCCAAACCAGUCCUACCAGCGGCGGGCCCUGCUGGACGAGCUGGCGUGCUUACAAUGCCUAAGCAUCUGCUGCACGAGAAGUCCGGAGGCUGGUGCUCGGCUGGGCACGACUCCGAUUGGGUUGCUUCCGUUGGCGGCCGCUGCCACGGGCACGGGGAUUCGUUCGCGGGUGGUUGCGCUGCAGCUGCUGACGAUCGCGUGCGAUAAGUCUGCCCUGGGGGAUGGGACGCAGCGUAGUCAACAGCAAGGUCAUACGGCGGUUUCGGAAGCGUUGUCUACGCUGCGGUUGAGAUGUGCCGAACCGGUGCGGUUCCGACUGCUGGUCGGGAUGUUGAACAGCGGGGGUGGUUCUGGGGAGCUGCAGGCGGUUGGGAUGAAGUUCAUCAACACGUUCUUGGAGAGCGCCGAGAGCGUACAGGUUCGGUUGUAUCUGCAGGCGGAACUGUUUCAAGCCGGGUUGGAUCCGGCCCAGAUGUGCAAAAUCAUUUCGUCUACUUCCCCCUGGUUGGAGCGACUUCGCAUCGAGGUCAAGCGAUGGGACGCCAUUCGGAUAGAUAUUGAGCAGCUGCAGAAUCAGGCGCGAUCUGCCGAGCAGGUUCGCAGCCGGCUGGUGAUCCUCGAGCGUCGAGUACAAAUCUUGCACGAAGAAAAGACGGUGUUGACCACGAUGGAGAGAAGAUUGCAGGAACGGUGUGCCGAGCUGCAGCGUGAAGUUCUCAGACUUAAGGGCAAUCACAGCAUGGAUGGUUCUAACAGCAACAGUCUGGAGAAGAGACCGGUGGCACUUCCGAGACAGGUUCCACCUCAGGCCAAACGAAACACCUCGGAGAACGAUGACGAAGGUAUCAGCAGCUCGGAAACCGGACAAUCCUCCACUCCGGAACCUCCUAGAGUGUUCCCAGCCAAGGAAGGUUCAUCUUCAAAUUCCCACAAGUUCAGCAUCUCUCUGAACCAGGACAACGCCGGCACGUCGCACGAACUGAACAACAACGAUGACGACACAAACGCCACCAUCGAGGACGUCAUCGAAGAGCUGCAGAACAUCGUCAACGACGCCGAGCGCGAAAUCUCCGACCAAAACGAAGUCCUCUACCAUCAAGACCUGCCCGAGAAGACGCUCUACAGCCUGGAAAUCAACACCGAGAACGAAAUCGUACCUGUUAACCUGCUACCUCAUCCACCCCGCAAGUCCCGCUCCCUGGCCCACCUCAUCUCAACCCCCUCGGACGGUGACGGUUCCGGCUACGACCUGCUCUUCGUCAACGGAGACAGCAAGCUGGACUUUUUCGAAGACGGUCAACCGGACAAGCUCCCCAAAAAGCCAACCUACCCCGACAGCGCCUUCUACGCCCCCGAAGAGCCACCCCACGAAUCAACCCGUCCCGACGUCGUCCACACGGCCACCGAAUCAGCGGCGAUGCACCGAAGUCGCGCCACCACCGCCGCCUCAAAAGACUCCAACCGAGCCAUCCUGAACGUCAUCAUGGACGCCCGCGACAAGGAAUCCCGCAUGAUGCGAGCCCAAUCGCUCGAACGCGAAGUCCCCGUCCCGGGACCACCCCCGCCCCAGCAGUUCAACGGCGUAUUUUUCAUGACCGACAUGAACAGCGCCGGCAAGUACCCCAAACCGGACAUCACCGCUGCCCUCGAAGCGAAAAAGGUUACCAAGAACCUCGACCGCAUGGGCGCGUACGGCGUAGACUCGAUGAUCGACAUCGUAACCACCAACGAGCAGCGAAUCAACGGCAAGACCACCGCCUUCCAGAAGGCACGGCCCACCGCGACGAACGCCGCCGCCGGUACCGGAAACAUCAACUUCAAGCUGCGCUCGUCCAACGGCACUCAGAUGCACUACCCGGGCAGCGGACAGCUGGUGCGGGAAAAUAGCCGAAGCCAGACGAAUCUGGGCGGCUCGAAAGUGACCGAUCUACCUUCGGGGUUGUACUAAGAGAUAAGAAAACAAGCGAUAUUUUUAAAAACUUCUGUGCAAUAUUUAUUCUUUUACCUUGUAGAUUCUAAAACGCGUACUUUUAAGACACUUUUCCUUUGAAUCAACUCAUUCGGUUUGUAAAAAGUUUGCUAAAUAUUCGAUAUUCGACGGUGAUGGUACUCUCUCCUUCUCCCCCUGUGCACACAGUCUGUGUAUUUGUUUCAGUUUUUUCGAGAUUUUCGAUUAGGGACAUAAUUUCAGUUGAAAGACGAAACAUGAAGGUGUGACGUUCACGGCGAUUCAAGAUUUACAAAAGGAAGAAAAGAAGCGUUAUGUUUAGCAGUAAGUGUCGUGUACUUUUUUUUUAAAUAAAUGAGAAAGUUGAAUAAAGAUA